UCGGCCCCGCGCCAGCCCGCGCGUCGCCGCCAUGGACUUAGGCCCCUUGAACAUCUGUGAGGAAAUGACCAUUCUGCAUGGGGGCUUCCUGCUGGCUGAGCAGCUCUUCCGCCCCAAAGCACUGGCAGAAUUGACCAAGUCUGACUGGGAACAUGUCGGACAGCCCAUCGUGGAGGCCCUGAGGGAGAUCUCCUCAGCCACAGCACACUCCCAGCCCUUUGCCUGGAAGAAGAAAGCUCUCAUCAUCAUCUGGGCCAAGGUUCUUCAGCCCUCUCCUGUCACCCCCUCCGACACCGAAGCACGCUGGCAAGAAGAUGUCUUCUUCUCCGUGGGCAACAUGAUCCCCACCAUCAACCACACGGUGCUCUUCGAGCUGCUCAAGUCCCUGGAAGCGUCGGGACUUUUCAUCCAGCUCCUGAUGGCUCUGCCCACCACUGUGUGCCGGGCAGAGCUGGAGCACUUCCUGGAGCACAUGGCCAUUGACACUUCUUCCAAGGAUGUGGCCUUCUUCCUCGAUGUCUGGUGGGAGAUGAUGAAGCACAAGGGCGACCAGCAGGACCCACUGCUUUCCCAGUUCAGAACGAUGGCCCACAAGUACUUGCCCUCCUCAGACGAAUUCUCCCAUCCCCCGAAGAGGUUUAAGUCAGACCCUGCCGUGUGUCCGACCAUGCCCCUGCUAGCCAUGCUGCUUCAUGGGCUGAAGCAAAUCCAGAACAGGAUCCUGUGCCUGGGGAUGAAGUGCUGUGCACUGGCCAACCUGGCUGACAUGCUGACUGUGUUUGCGCUGGUGGAGGACGACCCUCAGGAAGUAUCCGCUACCAUGUACCUGGACAAGCUGGCCACGGUGAUCUCUGUGUGGAAUUCAGACACGCAGAACCCUUACCACCAACAGGCCUUGGUAGAGAAGGUCAAGGAGGCAGAGCGGGACAUCAGCCUGACUUCCCUGGCCAAACUGCCGAACGAGACCAUCUUCCUGGGGUUUGAGUACAUGCACAGCCUGCUGCGGGAGUGGGGAGAAGAGCUGCAGGCCAUGCUCAACAGCAGCCAGGGCACGAGCUAUGACAGCUACCGGCUGUGUGACAGCCUGACAUCCUUCAGCCAGAACCUGAGGCUCUACCUGGCCUCCAGCAGCCUGCCCAAGGAGGAGAGGCAGGUGGUGUCCGAGCUGGCCAGAUGUGUGGAAGACUUCCUGAGGAGAACCAGCGGGGUACUAAAGGACAAGGGCUCUGAGGACAUCACUGCUGCCAUUGCCAUGGCCAUUAUUGAGCAGAAGAUGGACCGACACAUGGAAAUGUGCUACAUUUUUGCCUCUGAGAAGAAGUGGGCUUUCUCAGAGGAGUGGGUAGCCUGCCUGGUUAAUAACAGGGCUCUCUUCCGGGAUCCAGACUUGAUUUUAAGGCUGCUGGAAACAGUGAUCGAAGUCACUGCCACGGACAGAAUCAUUCCCAAAUCUCAGAUGAAACAGGUGAUCAACCUGAUCCUGGAAUGUUACACAGACCUCUCCCUGCCGGAUAAAAACAAAGUGCUGUCAGGCGUCCUGCAUUCCUGGGGACGCAAGGGCCUCUCAGAGAAGCUCUUGCCUUACCUGGAGCGUUUCCAGGAAGACCUCAAUACAACUUUCAACCAGCUCACCCAGGGCACCUCGGAGCAGGGCCUGGCUCGAGCUGUGGGGUCCGUGGCCCGCCUGGUGCUGCUGUACCCAGAGAUCACAGUGAAGAAGAUGUGCAGCAUGGCUGUGAUCAACCUUGGCACCCACAGGUUCCUGGCGCAGAUCCUCACGGCUUUCCCCGCCCUCAGGUUCACAGAAGAUGAAGGGGGCCCAUGCUCAUCCAGCACUUUCGUGGUGUCAUGCCUCAAAGAAACCGUCUGGACAAAGUUCUCCACCCCCAAAGAAGAAAAGCAGUUUUUGGAGCUGCUGAGCUUGCUGCUGAACCCCGUGAAGUCCCAGGGGAUUCCAGUCGCAGCCCUCCUGGAGCCCGACGAGGUGCUGAAGGAGUUUGUUCUGCCCUUCCUGAGGCUGGAUGUGGAAGAGGUGGACCUCAGCCUGAAGAUCUUCCUGCAGACCCUCGAGGCGAAUGCAAGCUUAGAGGAGUACUGGCUCCAGACCUGCUCCCCUUUCCCCCUCAUCUUCAGCUUGUGCCAGCUGCUAGAUGGCUUCAGCAAGUACUGGCAGCUGCCCAAGGAGAAGCGAUGCCUCUCCCUGGAGGACAAGGAUCUGGUGAUCCGGCUCCUGGCCCUUCUCUGUGAGAUUGUGCUAGCCAAUGUGGAUGCCUUCUCCCCAGACAGCUGGAUCAAGUCUCUGUCGUGGCUCCACCGUAAGCUGGAGCAGCUAGACUGGACUGUGGGCCUCAGACUCAAGAACUUCUUUGAGGGCCACUUCAAGUGUGAGGUGCCCACCACCCUUUUUGAGAUCUGUAAGCUCUCUGAGGCCGAGUGGACCUCCCAGGCCCACCCGGGGUACGGGCCUGGCACGGGGCUUCUGGCCUGGAUGGAGUGCGGCUACAUCUCCGGCAGUGUCUCCGAACAGAUGCUGUCUCUCCUGGUGGUGGACAUGGGCAAUCCUGAGGAGGUCCGAUUGUUCAGCAAGGGCUUUCUGGUGGCCCUGGUGCAGGUCAUGCCUUGGUGCAGCCCCCAGGAGUGGCAGCUCCUUUACCAGCUGACCAGGAAGCUGUUGGAGAAGCAGCUCCUCCAUGUCCCGUACAGCCUGGAGUACAUCCAGUUUAUUCCCCUGCUCAAUCUAAAGCCUUUUGCUCAGGAGCUGCAGCUCUCUGUGCUCUUCCUAAGGACUUUCCAGUUUCUGUGCAGCCAGAGUUGUCGCAACUGGCUUCCCACGGAAGGCUGGAGCCACGUGGUCAAACUCCUGUGCAGCAGUGUGAGCAGCCUCCUAGACUCAGUCAGGCUGACACAGUCGGCUGAGCCCUGGGCCCAAGGCAAGGAGCAGGACUUGACCCAGGAAGCCCUGUUUGUCUAUACGCAGGUUUUCUGUCAUGUUUUACACAUCAUGGCCAUGCUCCCCCAGGAGGUCUGUGAGCCACUGUACGUGCUGGCCUUGGAAAUCCUCACCUGCUAUGAAACAAUGAGCAAGAUCCAUCCUUCUGCGAGCUCCCUGUUACAGAAGGUGAAUGAGCAGCGCUUCUUGAAGUCCAUCGCGGAGAACAUCAGCCCCCAGGAGCGGCGCCAGACCCUGUUGCAGAAGAUCAACAACUUCUGACAUAGUUGGGUAGGCAAAAGCUGGGCCCAGCACAGCUGUUCUGUAGGGGGCUGCAUUCGGGAAGCCCGGGCUUGACAGUCUCAUGAAACUGUACACAGGAUUAAAACGUAUAUGGCAAUAAUGGUGUAAAGAAAAUAGUUUCUUAGGUAUUUGUAACAAACAAGUUAUAAUAAAAUUCUCUUUCCAGUUUCUUCUUGCCUCAGUCUUUCUCAGCACUCAGCAGGAGC